AUGUAUGUUGUGGAUUAUAGUGAGGAGAAUGAGGGUUACCGGUGUUUUCAGCCCGACCCGGGCAUUGGUACUGCUGCGCUAGGUGCUUGUGAGGCUGCUGCUCUAGGUGCCAGUGCGUCUGCGCUCUCAGGUACUGGUGAGACUGCGCUCUCAGGUACUGAGUCGUCCUCGUCCUCCCUCACUUUCACACUUGACUCCGGAGCUUCUCGCUCCUUCUUUCGAGACCGCACUACCCUUUCGCCGCUCGCCAGGCCGGUUGCGGUCUCCCUUGCUGACCCCUCUGGGGGUCCUGUCCUGUCUCACUUCUCCACUGUCCUCCCGUGUCCGGCUGCCCCUUCGGGCACCCUGUCGGGUCUGUACCUUCCCUCGUUCUCUACGAACUUGGUGAGUGGAGCGGACCUGCAGGAUGGGGGUGUUCACCAGUUCACUCCUGCGCGUCAGAGGGUGACCCACUGCACGGAGGCUCGCACAGGCCGACACCUGGCCACGUUCUCACGUCGGCCGGGGUCGAGUCUCUACACCCUGACCGUUGAGUCUCCUCCUGUCCCUGCGUCUGGUCAGGUGGCUGCGUCGGGUCAGGUACUUGCUGCUGCGUCCCGGUCAGGUCCUGAGUCUGCCCCCUGUUCUUGUCGCCUCCUGUCUCACGAGACUCUCCUGUGGCACCACCGUCUUGGCCACCCCUCCUUGCCCCGUCUUCGGAGCAUGGCUUCCCGUGUCCUUGUCUCUGGUCUUCCCCAGUCUCUCCCUCCUCUCCCCUCCGGGCCAGGACCUUCCUGUGUCCCCUGUGUCGAGGGUCGCCUCCGGGCUACUCCUCACUCCUCCCACUUCCCCCCGACAGAGGCUCCCCUGCAGACGCUUCACAUGGAUGUGUGGGGCCCAGCCCCCGUCCGUGGGCAGGGUUACGAGCGCUACUUCCUGUUGGUGGUUGACGACUACUCGCGUUACACCACAGUCCUCCCCUUGCGCAGCAAGGGUGCGGUCACUGAGGUGCUGAUCGACUGGAUCCGCGAGGCUCGUCUCCAGCUCAGGAAGAGCUUCGGCUCGGACUUUCCUGUUCUGCGUCUGCACUCUGACAGAGGCGGAGAGUUCUCUUCUCGCCUUCUGCGAGACUACUGUCGUGCACGGGGGAUCCGCCAGACCUUCACGCUUCCGGACUCACCACAGCAAAAUGGGAUUGCUGAGCGCCGCAUUGGCAUGGUCAUGGAUGUCGCUCGUACGUCCAUGAUGCAUGCGGCUGCCCCCCAUUUUCUGUGGCCGUUUGCGGUGAGGUACGCGGCGCAUCAGCUCAACCUUCACCCCCGGGUCUCUCGGCCAGCGAUGUCCCCAGCCUUGCUGUGGACGGGGAAGGUUGGCGAUGCGUCUGUGUUCCGUGUCUGGGGAUCUCGGGCGUUUGUCCGCGACUUGUCUGCGGACAAGCUGUCCCCUCGUGCUGCUCCCUGUGUCUUCCUUGGCUUCCCCACUGACGCCCCAGGGUGGCAGUUUUACCACCCCUCCUCUCGUCGUGUUCUGUCCUCCCAGGACGUCACGUUCGACGAGUCAGUCCCCUUCUACCGUCUCUUCCCCUACCGCACUCCUUCCCUCCCCCCUCCCCCGGACUUCCUUGUGCCGGUUCCCCCCCCGGUAGACCCCCUCCCCCCUCAGGUUCCUGCCCCCUCAGGUGUGUCCCAGGUAGACGCCGUUGACCCGGUCGAGGUUACUGCCUGGGGGUGCUGA